AUGUCGCAGACUACACUGCGCAAGGUACUGGGCUGGGCUGUCAGACUGUCCGCAUACAAUUACACCUGUGUGCACAUUCGCGGCACCGACAAUGUCUGGGCCGAUCUGCUAGGCCGCUGGGCACCACCUCCAACCAUCCGCCGUCUCGUCCGUAUUCCCGCGUUACCAAGUGCAUCGGCUGACGAUUUCGAAUGGCCUUCUAGCCGCGACAUCGCCAAGGCACAAAACGAAACGGCCCUUCCCCGUCCCAAAAAUCUCCAAAAGUCCAACGGUCUUUGGCUCACUUCUACCGGUGCGAUUUGGAUACCCGAUGACUCCACAGACCUGCAGCUUCGCUUGUGUGUCAUCGCCCACACCAAUGCUGCCGGUCAUCGUGGCUCACGCACAACAGAACACGUCAUGUGUAAAGCCUAUCACUGGUCUACUCAGUCCGCCGACAUAGGCGAAUUCGUCAAAGCGUGCAUCCACUGCCUUUCGACAACCGGAGGGGGGAAGAUGCCGCGACGUUUUGGUCCGGCUUUUCACGGCACACAUCGGAACGACUUACUUCAGUUCGACUACAUCGACCUAGGGACCGGAUCAGACGGUGCAAACUACGUUCUCAUGAUGCGUGACGAUUUUUCAGACUACAAGUGGUUCUUCCCUUUCGCCGAUACGUCUGCAGCGAACGCCGCCACUGCCAUCAUUGAUUGGUGCGCAGCCUUAGGCGUCCCGAAAUCGCUAAUGUCCGACGGCCCGACGCACCUCAGGAAUGAGACGAUUCGCCUUGUUGCCAAAGGCCUCAAGGUCCCGCACCACUUCACUCUUCCAUAUUGUCCUUGGUCCAACGGCGCGGUUGAGAGACUCGGCAAAGAGCUUGUUCGGACCUGUCGCGCCACUUUGUCUGAGCUACAGAUGCGACCGGAAGAAUGGCCAGACAUUUUGCCAAUCAUCCAAAGCACUCUCAACAACACCCCGUCACGUCACCGCGGAAAUGUCGCUCCCAUCACAGCAUUCCUUGGGGCCGACCCGACACCUCCCAUCCACACCUUCUUGCGCUCCUCCACAGUUACCUCGAUGACUGUCAGCGAAGUCCAAGCCGAUCAUAUACUGAAUGUUGACAAGCUCAAAAGUCUAAUUGCGGAUCUUCAUCUUAUCGUCUCCGAAAGCCUGAAGAAAAAUCGACAAAAGGCCCGUGAGGCCGCGUCCCGCGGCGAACUUCCGAAGUUUGAAGUAGGCGAUUUCGUCCUCGUCGCCUGAGAAGAGUUCUCCUCCAAUGAGAAGCUGUGUUUGCGGUGGCGCGGACCACGUCGAAUCGUGAAAGCAUUGUCCGAUUACAUCUAUCUUGUAGAAGACCUGAGGAAUGGGACGACGAACGAGAUCCACAUCGUCCGUCUCAAGUUCUAUCACGACUCCAGUGUCAACCAAGAAGCUAUCAUGUCACACGUUCUGUCGUCGGAAACAGGAAUGGUAGUUUCCCGAUUGAUGCGAGUCAUAGACGAAGACGGCGACCUCAAAGUCCAAGUACGUUGGAAAGGUCUUCCAGAUUCCGAGGACACUUUCGAACGACUCCAGCGCAUCUACGACGACGUACCAAAAAUGCUCCUCAAGCUACUCAGCCGAAAGUCCACUCCUUCGGCGCUGGUGUCUCGCGCACGUCGUACAAUUCGCCUCUGAUAGGGGGGAGUGUAACCGCGCCCAUGCCCGUGGGACUUGGAUAUUGUUUCAGAAGCCAAAUUGUCUUCCAUGCAGGCUCAGCCAAUUUGGCAUAAUGUAGUCGGGCCGCCGCCCGCUUUACUUGGUUUAUUGGUUCAGCAGCCGAAUAUCCUUCCACGCAUGUUCUCGUAAUUUGGCACAGCAUCCUCCUUUUGGAAGGUUCCGCACAGUACAGUAAUCAGUCCUCCUUUCUUCUGCUAACAAGCAUUUAAGUAGAUCCGCCAAUAAACCUCGAAGAUGGUCUCCAUCAUCGAAGGACCACCUUUUCCAUCAAA